AUGGUGAUUGAUUACUGUAAGAAGCAUGUCGAUGCUACUGCUGCGAGUUCUGAUGAAAAACCUUCAGAAGAUGAUCUUAAGAAUUGGGAUGCUGAAUUCGUGAAGGUUGAUCAGGCUACGCUUUUUGACCUCAUUCUUGCUGCAAACUACUUGGAUAUCAAGGGCUUGCUGGAUCUUACCUGCCAGAUUGUGGCGGACAUGAUCAAAGGGAAGACACCGGAGGAAAUUCGAAAGACUUUUAACAUCAAGAAUGAUUUCACUCCGAAGGAAGAAGAAGAAGUUCGCUGGGAAAAUCAAUGGGCAUUUGAAUGAAUCAAAUUUGGCUGCAACGU